AAAAACAAGAGUAUUAUAUAUUUAUUAUUUCCUUUUUUUUCUUUUUUUUUAAAUUAAACAAAUGUGGUGACCAAAGGACGAAGAAAAUAACGAACGAGAGAAAUUUCAAACGAAACGAGAAAUUGUUCAUCGAGAAAAUCAAUCAACGAGAUUUCAAAUAGAAUUGAAAUAAGUAAGAAACAUUCUAAAAAAAAAAAAGAAAAAAGAAAAAAGAAAAGAAAAGGAAAUUCUAUCAUGCUUGUUCGUGCGUUAAUCGAAUCGAUUGUUUUAACGCUUUCGAUUUUAUAUUCGACGUCAAACGCAUACGAAGAAUCCGAAGGAAGAAAUUGGAAUUAUGUCCCAAAUACUCAAUACCAUAUACAGAAUGAUGAAGGUCCGGAACGAUACUUUCGCUUUCAAACGUUGAACGGUCAGUUUCGUAAAGAAAAAAGGUUGGCCGAUGGUACGGUCAUUGGUACGGAAGCCUGGCUCGAUCCUCUUGGUUAUUUACGUUACAAGGAUUACAUUGCUGAUCAUCAAGGCUUUCGUAUUUUAAAAUCAAAGAUGAUUUACGUUGGUAAAGAUACACCUAUUCAAGAAGCUUUAAUAAUAACCAAAAAUUCACCAGCUCAAAGUGGAGUAUUAGUGAAACCCCAAAAACCACCAAACCCAUUCAGAAAAACAAACAGGAAUAUAAAUGUCAAUCCAUUGCCCAGGAAUGAUAUUAAUACCGGUUAUUAUACACCAACUACUAUAAAACCGAUUACUAUCUCACCAUACUUUUCUCAAUCAAAUAAUAACGAUUAUUAUAAUAACAAUAGAGAAAAUAAUGUUAUUCGUUCGGAUAAUUCAAAUGAUAAUCCGAAUUACAGAAGUAACAACAUUGUUCAACCUAUCGAAAUAUUAAGACCACCACCCAUUGUUUCAAGUAAUAAUGCUGAUUAUGCUAAUCGAAAUUCGCAUAAUCAAUUAACCGAUGACAUUUUACAACCUAACGAAAUAUAUAAUACCAAUAAUGGUUUCGAAUAUUAUCUUAAACGUCAGUAUCACGAAGAAGAACGUGAACCUAACGGUGAUAGUGUUGGUUCUUUUGGUUAUAUCGAUCCGUUUGGUAUCAGAAGAGUCAUUUAUUAUAAAACUGAUUCUCAAAGUGGUGGAUUUAUUCAUAAAAAAAAUAACAGAUAUGUUGGUUUUAAUGGUAAACCAUACGACAACUCGCCAACUGAUAAUUUGUCACGAACGAGUAGAAGAAUAUCUUCUUAAUUAUUAUUAUUUUUUUUUCUUUUCUAAUGUUUUUCGA